AUCUAGCUCCAUCUCAUUAAAACUGAGGAACGCGACGCCGCAGAAAUCAGUCUUAUCAAGACGCUCGGCUUGUGAAAAUCGCAACAGUUCUCAGUACACUCGACACUUUUUUCCAUUACACACAGUUGUUAGCCUUGUGAAAAUGUACGCAAAAGCAAUACCAAAAAUGAAUGACACGUUGGAGGAAGGUGACGAAGUCCUUAAUGAAUUGUCCAUCGAUAAGCCGACUCUGGUACGUGGAGGGAACUACAUCAAAGAAGGCAGGGAUUCCACGAAAAGUACGUGCCUGAUCUUCUCCCCGACAGACGAGGACUCUGUUGGAGCACUGGGAAGAUAUCUGCAGUUGUUUGCUAAACACGAGGUUAAUUUAUUGCACAUUGAAUCGAGAAGUUCUCUUCGGCGCGCAGACGUUUACGAAUUUAUGGUGGAGUGCGCACCGGGUGGAGAUCUCGGCGCUGUCGUUGAUACUUUACGCAAACAAUGUAGUUACUUCUCGAUCAUUUCCAGAAAUCACAAGGAUAAUAUGGGAACAGUGCCAUGGUUUCCGCAAAGAAUCAGGGAUUUGGAUAAGUUUGCCAAUCAAAUUUUGUCGUAUGGUUCGGAGCUGGACAGCGAUCAUCCUGGAUUCACAGACGCGGUUUACAGGCAGAGGCGCAAAUACUUUGCCGACUUGGCUUACAAUUACAAACAUGGGCAACCCAUUCCUAGAGUGGAAUACACCAAAGAAGAGAUUAAAACGUGGGGCGUAGUUUUCCAAAAUCUCACGAAGCUGUACCCGAAAUACGCCUGCAGAGAGCACAACUAUGUUUUCCCUUUACUCAUCGAAAACUGUGAUUACAGAGAAGAUAAUAUUCCUCAGUUGCAAGAUAUAUCAAACUUUCUGAAAGAUUGCACUGGUUUCACGCUUCGUCCAGUUGCCGGUCUGUUAUCGUCCCGCGACUUUUUAGCCGGUUUGGCUUUUCGAGUGUUUCAUUGUACACAAUACAUAAGACACGGCAGUAAACCAUUGUACACACCAGAACCCGACAUUUGUCACGAAGUACUGGGUCACGUACCGCUAUUCGCUGAUCCCUCGUUCGCUCAGUUUUGUCAAAUCGUCGGCCUGGCGUCUCUCGGUGCUCCUGACGAUUACAUCGAGAAGCUUGCCACGUGUUUCUGGUUCACGGUGGAAUACGGUAUCUGCCGGCAAAAUGGCGAAUUGAAAGCAUACGGCGCUGGCUUGCUUUCCUCCUUCGGCGAGCUCGAGUACUGCUUGAGUGGCAAACCAGAACUCCGACCUUUUGAACCGGCGAAGACAGCGUUGCAAAAAUAUCCGAUAACGGAAUAUCAACCCGUCUACUUCGUUGCUGAGGACUUUGACGAUGCAAAACAGAAAAUGAUUAAAUUCGCCGAGACUAUCCCAAGGAAAUUUGGAGUCCGAUACGACCCGUACACUCAAUCCAUCAACAUAAUUGACAGUAAACACCAAAUCGAAGAUCUGAUUUACAACGUGAAUCAGGAAGUCCAAAUUUUAAUGGAUGCUGUCAGAAAGCUAAAGCAGUAGGACUAUAUUGAUUGUCGAGAAUGUAUGAUAAUAACUAUAAUUGUGGUUGAAAUGAAAUCGUACCCGAACGAGAGCUUACAACGAAAAUGGUGGCUCAACUUUUGUAAAGUUGGUGAUAUUAGUUUAAUCCUAUAUCGAACGAAUAAAAUUUCUAUAACUUGCUAA